UUAAAUUUUUUGCAGCCCAUCAAUUUUUUCUUUGUAUAUAAAAACGGAAUUGAUGAACCCAUUUGUUAUUUUCUACAUUUAUUAAACUGAGAUUUCUGAACACGUUGGGACUUGGACAUCUUCCCUUUUCGCUGACGCUUGAAUCUUCAUGACCAAUUCUUAUUGCGAAGUGUUCGUGGAGACGGCCCAUCACAGUUCGGUUCGACUUUGAUCUCUCAUGGCGAUCGCUGUAGCUUCUUCACUUACCUUUGAAGGGGCUUGUUGCUCGACAUCUCAUGCAUUCACAAGCAGGUGGAGUAGAUCUUCUUUUGAUGUCCGUUUUAGUGGCAGAAAUCCAAUAUUUGGAUCCACAGAAUUUCAUUGGUUGUCCAAGGGACGUGAUCUUUGCUUGUCAAAAGUUUCAGUUGCUGCUGAUUACCCAGAUUCUGUUCCAGAUUCAUCAAGUUAUUUAACUAACAAAGGUUAUCAUCCUCUUGAAGAUCUAAAAGUUCGCAAAAGAGCACGGAAUACUGAACUCACUGCUGCAGAAGUAGCAAGGACAGCCGUGGAGGUGAAUAGCAAUGCUUUGCUGUUAUUUCCUGGAACUGUGCACAGUGAACCACAUGAACGGGUAUCGUGGGAUGAGUUUCAAUAUGUUAUCGACGAUUAUGGAGAUUUGUAUUUUGAAAUUUUUGACAGUGCGAACAUGUUAGAAGAUCGUGGAGCGCACAAUCCAGUGACUGCUUUGAUUGGAAUGGACAUUCAAAUGUAUGAGAGUAGGACAGUUGGAGAUUAUAUUGCGGCUGAUAGUGUCUAUGGUGAUGUUCUUCCUUUUGGUUUUGAUUAUAUUGAGGCAGUGGAAACCGAUUUAGCCGAUAAUCCGGUUGACUGGGGAGUUUCAGAUGUUUCGAGCUUGGUUCAUCCUAUAUACUUUGCCAAGUGUUUGAACAAGGUUAUCAAUAUGGAAUAUGACAGAAAGAUGAAGCAUCCUUCAAAUGGAGUUUCCAUUUUGGGAUGUCUCAGACCUGCAUAUGCUGAUGAAGAAUCUUAUAUAAGAAGAUUAUUUUACUUUGAAGAAAGUGAAGGCUUCAACAAUGAAUGGAAAGAUUUAAAUGGCGAAACCUUGAGAUUCGAGUCCAAAAGUGAUCGAAGCAGCCAACGAUCCACUCUCUACAGGUUGGAGACAAUGAGAAUUGAGCUCUUCUCUGUGUAUGGAGUUCAGUCUGAAGUUAGUUUGCAAGAUUUUGAAGAUGCUGAACCUGAUAUUCUUCUGCACUCUACCGCGGAAAUUGUAGAGCGUUUUCGUGAGAAGGGUAUUAGGUGUAAUAUUGCCCUUAAAGCUCUUUGCAAAAAGAAGGGUCUUCAUGUUCAGGAUGCUACUUUGAUCGGAGUCGAUAGUCUCGGCAUGGAUGUGAGGGUAUGUUUCGGGGUAGAAGUACGGACUUAUCGAUUUCCCUUCAAACUCCGGGCAACAUCAGAAGUUGCAGCAGAAAAACAGAUUCAGCAACUCUUGUUCCCACGAUCUCGUCGUAAACGAUUACGAAGCCAUGGGGAUGGAAUGGGAGAUACUGCCAGUUUUUAGAACACCCAGAAAUAAAUUACAAAGCUAAGGGGACUUGUUUACUCAUAUCUGUCAUAGAAUUAGUCUUGGUUUCAGAAUUGUACAGUUUGAUAAUUUAUCCUAUUUCUUAUGGAUUCCCUUUGCCUGCUCUUGUUCUUGUUCUUGACUGUCAUAUCUGAAUUCCCUUGUUCAAUGGUAGGCACGGCAUUGAUGAAUGCCCAGAUAU